GGAGCUGUUAUUCUGGUUGCCAUAGCUCCAGCUGAAUUCUGUCGCGACGUAUAAGGGCGCAAGGGCUAUAAAAUAAUUCGACGAGCAAUUUCUCACAUACUGCACACUUGUGAAUGUGCCUUAACGUUGGGCUAGCUGGGCUCUGCCGCCAAGCGGCUCUGUGAGUCAAGCCUGUGGGAAGUGGCUUGAGAGGAUGUUGUAAUAGCCACAGCUUCCUGAUUUUGACUGUGAGGCAGAAACUGGGGGUAUCUAUCAGUGGAGGAUUAAAAACGGUGCUUUUUUUUCAUAACCAGGAGUCAGGAGACCAUUCUGACAAACAGCAAAGCUCAAGAAAGAUCCUCGAAAGAGGCGUCGGGGGCCACCAUGACCCUCCCAUUCCUGGCUCUGUUCUGCGUUGGGCUGUGUGCUGGCCAAGACCUAAGAAGAGACGGGUCACUUCCCAGGCCCUCCCUCCGUGCCUGGCCCAGCUCCGUGCUUCCUGCCAACAGUGAUGUGACACUGCGAUGCUCCAUGCCUGCUGAGGAGGUCGACUUCAGGGAUAUCAGGUUUACUCUCAGAAAGAACAAUGUUCCUUUGAAUGUCUCUCCUGAUUCCCCAGGUGGCCUGGCAGAGUUUCACCUCAGUGACAUACAAACCAGUGACUCUGGAGAGUACACCUGUGACUACAGGACAGGGAGCCCCACCAGAAGGUCACCGCCCAGUGACGUCCUCCUACUACUGGUGACAGGAGAAUUAUGUAAACCUUCCCUUAAAGCCCACCAAAGGGGUGAGGUGACUGCAGGAGAAAACGUGACUCUGCAGUGCCAGCUACCCAGUCACGUGAUAGAAUCUCACAUGUUUGCUCUUCUGAAGAAGGGAACUUCAACACCCAUACAGCUCCAGGGUCCAGUAAAAACGAAGACAGACUUCUCCCUUCCAAGUGUGACCGUCAGUGACACUGGGGCCUACAGCUGUGUGUACUACCAACCGAGGGCUCCUUUCUACGCCUCAAGGCCCAGUGAUGAGCUCACGAUCUCGGUGACAGACGCCACAGCUGUGGAUGAUGAAGCAACGAAGAGUGCCACAAGCACACAGCUAGCGACGCUGGAAUGUGGCUCCAGCCGCACUCCGCUACUCACAGAUGAAACGGAGUCUCCGAAGAGAGCGGGAGCAGCACUAGGAACCACGGAAAUCAUCCUCAUUGUCAUCGUCCCCCUACUCUUCCUCCUCACAGCCUCCCUCAUCUGCAAGUACACCUGCUGCGGGGCAGCUCUUAAAAAGAUGACCAAAAGCUCCCAUUCUUCUAAGAAAGCUGAAGAAGUGGUGACAGAUGCAUCUCCAGCUAUGCAGAGCUGCUCUCCUGCCCUGGAUGAAGGAUCUCAGCUGUCAAGAGCUGAAGAACCUCAGGGGGUGACGUAUGCUGAGCUGAACACCAGAGCCCUGAGCAAGGGCCCCUCCAGCCAGGUGCCGCAGACCCCGGAAACCUGCGUGUACUCGGCCCUCAAGAUGUAGCAGGAGAAGACCUGGGGCCAGGAAGAACCUCCAACAAGGGGUGCACCAUGCGGCAGAGGGCCUCUGGGUGACUAGGCAAAUCUCCACUUCAGGCUUGUUUCCUCCUUGUAAGAAAGUAACAUUUAUUUUUCUUAAGUGAGAGGUAUCACUGACAUCGAGGGAUAUGCUGAAAGGGGACUCAGGGCGGGGGUUCUGGUCACUGCCGGGAAGGUCAACCACGUGAUGAGAAGGUUGGGGACCGGAGCCAGGUGCUAUCAGCCGGUCCUCGGGGGAAGAGGGAGGCUGGAGACAGACUCAGUCACGUGGGCAACAAUCCAAUCAACCACGCCUGUGCGAUGACAUCCCAGCGAGGAUGCUGGACACGGAGACUGGAAAGCUUCCGGGUUGGUGACACACCGUCAUGUGCUUGGGGGGUGGACACACCCUGAGGGUAUAGCACGUUUCGCUUCUGGAACCUUCCCAGACCUCACUGACCCUGUGGGUGUCUCUCUUCACUGAGCUGGUACUGAUGUGUAUUCUUUAUGUAAUAAAAUUGUAACCCUAAGUACAGCACUUCCUUGAAUUCUUCGAGUGGCUCUAGGAAGUUAGUGAAUCUGAGCGGAGGUAGUAGUGGGAACCGCCACCAUGUCUGGCUGUUGGUCAGAAGUGCAGGUGGCCGGGGAACACCUGGGCCUGCAGCUGGUGUCUGCAGUGAGGGGCAGCCGUGUGGGCGCUGCGCCCCUAACCUGUGCGGGCUGUGCCAACUCCAGGUGGCACGUGUUGGAACUGCACUGCGGCUCAGAGGCGGGUCCUUCUCCAGUCCGGCCUUCAGAUUAGACCCCAGCCCUGGUUGUCAUGGUGAUUGCAGCCCGAGGAUCCUGAUAGGUUGUGCCGUUUCCCUGGCCCUCUGG